UGAGUUUGAUACAAAGGAGUUUAAGUGCCUUUCCUAUUUUGCUUCUGCCCAGCCCUGUGCGGCCAUUUGAUUUUGAUGCCCGGCCCCUGUGACGCGAAGGGUGCCCGCUGGAGCCUAUCGACGUGGACGUGGUCAAGAGCCUAUCGAUAAACGAUUCCCAUCCGCUUCAACCUCCGAACUUCGAAUAUUCCCGUAGGCUUUCACAUUCAGAACUGGGCUCCAAAGCUGCAUCAGGCCGGGCCACUCUUUGGGAAACCGAAGUCUUGACAAUUUAAGCUCCUUGCAACAUCGUUCCAGCUACGCAACAAGACCGGAAACAAGAGACCGCAAGGCCGUCAUGGCGGCGAACUUCGCGUCGAAACGUCUGUCCAAGGAACUGAAUAAGAUCAAUGGCCAACUACCACCCGGAAUCUCGCUCGUCAAGGCAGAAGACUUCCAAGAAUGGCUGCUUGACAUCAAGGUCCUCGACAGCAACCCUAUUUACCUGAACCAGACAUACAGACUCAAGUUUAAGUUCAGCCCUUCAUAUCCUAUUGAACCCCCAGAAGUAACUUUCCUUCUCUGCCCUGACCGCCCAAUACCCAUGCACCCACACAUCUACUCAAACGGCAUCAUCUGUCUUGAUCUCCUCGGCCAACAAGGCUGGUCACCCGUGCAAAAUGUGGAGAGCAUAUGCAUGAGCUUGCAGAGCAUGUUGACUGGGAACACGAAGAACGAGCGGCCGGAGGGAGACCAGCAGUUUGUGGCGAACAACAGGAGGCGGCCGAGGGAUAUUGAUUUCUAUUAUCAUGACAAUACGGUUUGAGGAAGCUGCUUGAUCACCUGGGUAGAGAGAGGAUGGUAUGGAAUAUUAUAGCAUGGUUCUUUUAGAUGACUAGAGAGAUUGGCAGUGGGGCAUAGGAUGGAUCGCAAUUCAAUCAGAACAGGAUUAAGGGCGUUCGAGGUGUUGGUAUAUGAGAGGACUUGAGAGUCCAUACGGACGGAUGAGUGCGAGCUGGGAACUUGGUUGGGAUGGCAUUACAGCGCGGCGUCUGGAUGAUUACAGCGAAGGUGUGCAUAGAGAAUGCGUUUUCGGAUUCCAGAUAUGUUCAGUGGACUCUCCCACACAUUCUGAUUCCUAGUGAUGUUUUCAAAUGAUCACAACCCAUUCCAGUGAUGGUGAAGAAAGGGGGA